AUGUCUGGAAAGCACGAAAUUACACCAAAGGUUAACUUUCCUGAUAUCGUUGAAGACGAAACCCCGACACACAAAAGGCACUUGACAGCCCGUUAUGAUAAAAAGACUCGGAGGUUGAUGAGAGAGAAACUGAAUUUGGAGGACUUUAUAUAUGCAGAGUUAAGAAAAGUGUACCUAAGGGAUGAUGACGAAUGGGACUGCGAAAUGGAUGUGGAUCAACUUAUUCGCCUAAACGAAAGUGGACGGAAAGCCUACAUAGAGGAACGACUCUUGAACGCCCCUUCGUCCGAAGAUGUCAAACAACUGAGGAUGGGUGAUGGGGAUCUAACCCUGAUUGGUGGGUUGAGACUGCAGCUCCUUUUCGAUCCCAUCAGUGACCCCUUUAAUGCCUUAAACCACACCUUUUCGUGA